AGCACUUUGGGAGGCCGAGGUGGGCGGAUCACGAGGUCAGGAGAUCGAGACCAUCCUGGCUAACACGGUGAAACCCCGUCUCUACUAAAAAUACAAAAAAAAAAAAAAGAAAGUCUGGGUCCGGGGAAUAUCAUUUUUUGUUCCAUCCAUGCAGGGGUUGCUUGCCUCUGGGGUAGGAAACCCUCAGGCGGUGGCAGGUGCACAGGUAGGGGAGGAUGGAGAGGGCAGUGGUGCCUGAAGCCCUGGGUGGGCGGAGCUGACCCCGCAACACCAGCUCUCUCAUGCCUGCUCCUCCCUGUCCCCCCAGAGCUGCCUGAUCAUUGCUGCAGAAUGAACUCUAGCCCAGCUGGGACCACCAGUCCACAGCCCUCCAAGGCCAAUGGGAACAUCAACCUGGGGCCUUCAGCCAACCCAAAUGCCCGGCCCACAGACUUUGACUUCCUCAAAGUCAUCGGCAAAGGGAACUACGGGAAGGUCCUGCUGGCCAAGCGCAAGUCUGAUGGGAUGUUCUAUGCAGUGAAGGUGCUGCAGAAAAAGUCCAUCUUAAAGAAGAAAGAGCAGAGUCACAUCAUGGCAGAGCGCAGUGUACUUCUGAAGAAUGUGCGGCACCCCUUCCUCGUGGGCCUGCGCUACUCCUUCCAGACACCUGAGAAGCUCUACUUCGUGCUCGACUAUGUCAACGGGGGAGAGCUCUUCUUCCACCUGCAGCGGGAGCGCCGGUUCCUGGAGCCCCGGGCCAGGUUCUACGCUGCCGAGGUGGCCAGCGCCAUUGGCUACCUGCACUCCCUCAACAUCAUUUACAGGGACCUGAAACCAGAGAACAUUCUCUUGGACUGCCAGGGACACGUGGUGCUGACGGAUUUUGGCCUCUGCAAGGAAGGUGUAGAGCCUGAAGAGACCACAUCCACGUUCUGUGGUACCCCCGAGUACUUGGCACCUGAAGUGCUUCGGAAAGAGCCUUAUGAUCGGGCAGUAGACUGGUGGUGCUUGGGGGCGGUCCUCUACGAGAUGCUACACGGCCUGCCGCCCUUCUACAGCCAAGACGUAUCCCAGAUGUAUGAGAACAUUCUGCACCAGCCGCUACAGAUCCCUGGGGGCCGGACGGUGGCCGCCUGUGACCUCCUGCAAAGCCUUCUCCACAAGGACCAGAGGCAGCGGCUGGGCUCCAAAGCAGACUUUCUUGAGAUUAAGAACCAUGUAUUCUUCAGCCCUAUAAACUGGGAUGACCUGUACCACAAGAGGCUAACGCCACCCUUCAACCCAAAUGUGGCAGGACCUGCUGACUUGAAGCAUUUUGACCCAGAGUUCACCCAGGAAGCUGUGUCCAAGUCCAUUGGCUGUACCCCUGACACUGUGGCCAGCAGCUCUGGGGCCUCAAGUGCAUUCCUGGGAUUUUCUUAUGCGCCAGAGGAUGAUGACAUCUUGGAUUGCUAGAAGAGAAGCACCUGUGAAACUACUGAGGCCAGCUGGUAUUAGUAAGGAAUUACCUUCAGCUGCUAGGAAGAGCGACUCAAAGUAACAAUGGCUUAAAUGAGAAGCAGGUUUAUUUUUUUCCACAACAUAAAAGAAAAAUAAUGAGGCCGGGCGCGG